AUGCCCGCUGUAAUCGGAGCGAUGGCACUUCGUGUCAGUGCUGCCGUUGAACACCUUCAGAGAUUCGCCUCGCUGGAGAAGCGCAUAAACAUACCAUGCUGCAACAGUAGCAGUCCUCCGGGCCUUGUGGAAGCUACGACUGUGGACCCAUGGAAGGAUUCAGGUAAAUACGCAUUAGGCUGGGUGUAUUUCGCGAUCAUCUUGUUAGCAAUCGCGUCGGCCUUGAGAUGGACGCACUUUUGGAACGAUAAGAUAUCCGUCGCCGAUUACAAAGGAAAGCUAGAGGGGUCCUCGUUUACUACAUCCCCAGGCACAGAUUACGAGCUCUCUGCGCUGGCCACAGACAGUACGCAACGCAAGUUCUUCCCGAGGGAAGGACCUCUCCCGACAACACCGGAUUUCGAACCUGGCCACCGUUUGAACUGGAUGUUCAGGAAAACGCUGGCCUCUGUGCGGUUCUUGUUCUACCGCCCGAUACCAAACAUAAGGUUACACAAACGAAUGAGGCCCAUAAUAUUCCCCUCUCCCGGUGUCUGCAUUCUGGUCYUCACGGCGCUGGCGUUUGUGAUACUCUAUUCCUUUGUGCCGCAGCCUUUAUAUUGGGAAAGCAUUCAGUUUGGUUCCCCGCCCCUGGCGGUACGCUCUGGCAUGCUGGCAGUCGCCCUCAUGCCAUGGAUAGUAGCACUUAGCAUGAAGGCCAAUUUCAUCACCAUACUCACGGGAAUUGGACACGAGCGACUCAACGUGCUCCAUCGAUGGCUGGCAUACAUAUGCCUGGUGCUAAGUCUAAUACACACGAUUCCUUUCUAUAUAACACCGGUGGACGAGAAUGGCGGCAUGCAAGUAUUCCACAAUCUGCUGAAGACGCAGCAGCCUGGGACGUACAUUUACGGAACUGGAAUUGCUGCGCUCGUCCCAAUCAUAUUUCUCUGUGUACACUCGAUCGGUCCCUUGCGACGACGUUUCUACGAAACUUUCGUCGUGGUGCACGUUCCUGUGUCCAUAGUCCUUCUUGGUAUGCUCUUCUGGCACUGUCACAAUUACCUCACGUCCUGGAACUACCUCUGGGCCACCACAGCAAUAUGGUUGGCUUCCUAUGCAAUGCGACUUUUCUACCUCAACUGGACCAAUCCAUUUCGAGUGUCCUGGGGUAUUGGCGAGGAAGCUGCAGUCACAGUCCUGCAUGAUAACGCCGUGAAGGUCACGAUCCCUACUCAAGUUCGAUGGAAGCCAGGGCAAUAUGUGUAUCUACGUAUGCCUGGCAUCUCAUUUUUCGAAAAUCACCCUUUUACAAUUGCCUCUCUUUGCAGCGAUGACUACCCUUCGGAGUACGACGAAAAUUGUCGAGACAUGGUCGUGGUCUUCCGGCCCUUUGGUGGGUUUACCAAGAAAGUACUGGACAGCGCGCUCGAUCAUGGACCGUGGUGGACGUAUCGGGCUUUUAUCGAUGGACCAUACGGCGGCAUGCGAAGAAGUAUGGACUCCUUCGACCACGUCGUUUUGAUUGCUGGUGGGACGGGCAUCACGGCAGUGGUGUCUCAGCUUCUUGAUCUCAUCAAGCGCAUGCGCGAUGGCAAGGCUAUCACCAAGCACGUCCAUCUAGUCUGGGCCUUGAAACGGCCAGAGACCAUGGAAUGGUUCAAAGAGGAGCUGCGGAUUUGCCGCGAAUUUGCACCUCCAGGCACAGUGAGCUGCCAAUUCUUCAUCACCGCUGCGAAGCGCGCUCCACAUAGCAACAAGCWUGUCAGCGCACAAACUCCCAACCGGCCGGUCAGUAUGGUAUUCCACGACAAAGUCAACGACAUGUUCCAGAACAUUGCCAGUAAUCGAUAUUCCAUGUMAUCGAACAAUCGCAACUCAGCUCUCAUUCGAGAUGAGGCUGGUGGUGAUCCAGAACGAGAAAAGGAGCUCCGUGAGGAAGACGCGGAUCGAUUGCGGCCACUACCAGAAGCCCACCUAAGACCGGUUCGAGCUGAGAAUCGUGCUCACUUAUCGCCAUCGCCUGAUAGACAACGAGUCGCAAGUCGUUCGCCGGCACGUACUCCAUUCCCCGAUCGCGAGUACAGCACAGAGACACCUCACAUGCCUCCCCAUCCCACACUACAUGAGAAGCGUCGAUCGAACGCCAUGACCCUCGACAUUGAGGCUGCCCAAAACGCGCAAGCUACUCAAAUGCAGCAGGUCGCAGAAAAUCCACAGAAUUUUGACUUUGGAUUCCCUAGCACACCAACUGAGUUCCAGAAGAACUUGAUGCGAUUUGCAUUCAUGCCCGCCGCUACGAAGUCGACCCGUGGUGGCUGGAGUGUAGAGUGGGGACGACCACCGAUUCCCUAUAUGAUCAAAAACAUGAGCAGCGAAUGGACUGGUCGUAAGGCUUGCGUAUUCGUUUGCGGACCACCCAGUAUGCGAGUGGACGUAAGCAACACAGUCGCAGACCUACAGAAACUGGUGCUGGCGCCGGGGAAGAAUCUUGACGAGGUUUUCCUUCACACCGAGAAUUACUCCUUGUGA